AAUCUCGUGUAGGAGCACCGCACCAACCAACUCAACCGAGUCUUCGUCUCCCCCCACCCACCCGUUCUCUCUCCAUGCCUUGUUCUCCUUUCCCAGGAUCCCUCGCCCUCUCGGGUUUUGGAUGCAAUUAGAGCAGAAGAAGAGAAUCGAAAGAAAGAAAGAAGGAUCGCGGAUUAAUUAAAUUAAGGGAGGAAUUUGCCACCCACCAUCCGCAGGUCCAGCAGCCACCACCCAGAAUACCGCGAAUCAUCACCAUCAUCAUCAUCAUCAUCAUCAUCAUCAGAAGAAGAAGAAGAAACGCACAGGCGUUCAGAGUCGAUCAGGCCAUACGCUCGUUUCUCGGAGACCGCGGGAGCGGGAGCUUCCCUAUUUUCAGAUAGCUCUUGCACCCUCGAGCUCCAAAUUAGAGCAGCUUAGCAGUUCAUGAUCGAAAGCGGCCUGCGAAUUAAAGGUCGGCUUGAUCGGAUGGGAAGAAGGUUCUGCUGCUUUGGUGCAGCACAAUCAAGGAAAAGGAAGAAUGGUGGUCAUCGCACAACAUCGGAUUCAGGUGUUGGUUUACCACAGGCACCAAAAAAUGUGCGGCUUUUUUCCUAUAAUGAGUUGAAGUCAGCAGCACGGAACUUUCAUCCAACAAACAGAAUAGGUCGUGGAGGGUUUGGAGUCGUAUAUAAAGGAACAUUGAGGGAUGAAACAGAGGUUGCAAUAAAGACACUGUCUGCUGAAUCAAAGCAAGGAACGAAUGAGUUUCUGACUGAGAUUGAUAUGGUAUCAAAUAUUAGGCAUCCUAAUCUUGUUCAACUGAUGGGGUGUUGUGUUGAAGGCAGGAACAGGAUUUUGGUUUAUGAGUAUCUGGAGAACAAUAGUCUAGCAAAUGCUCUACUUGGUCCAGCGAAUAAGCGGAUUGCUUUGGAUUGGCCCAAAAGAGCUGCUAUUUGUGCGGGUACAGCUCAGGGUCUUGCAUUUCUCCAUGAGGAAGCCGAGCCACAUAUUGUCCAUCGAGAUAUCAAGGCUAGUAAUGUUUUACUUGACAAAGACCUAGCCCCAAAAAUUGGAGACUUUGGUCUAGCUAAGCUUUUUCCUGACAAUGUCACUCACAUUAGCACACGUGUGGCAGGAACUAUGGGUUACCUGGCUCCAGAAUAUGCCUUACUGGGGCAACUAACCAAGAAAGCAGACAUCUACAGUUUUGGAGUGCUUGUACUCGAGAUAAUCAGUGGUAGGUGUGGCAGCAAGUCGAUAUGGGAACUUGAUAUGCAUACUCUUCUGGAGUGGACAUGGAAGCUGCGAGAUGAAGAUAGGCUGUUGGAUAUUGUGGAUCCGGAACUGGUGGGGUAUCCAGAGGAGGAGGUCUUGCGCUUCAUCAAGGUAGCAUUGUUUUGCACCCAAGCAACGUCGAACCAGAGGCCCUCCAUGAAACGGGUUGUAGAAAUGCUGUCAGAUGAGGUCAGUCUUGAUGUUAGAAAUCUAAUUCAGCCAGGCGUGGUUAAAGACAGAGGUCAGACUCCUGGAAAUCCUAGUGGAAGUUCAGGGGGGAUUUGGAGGCAAAGAGGCGGCCAGUUGGCCAAGGGAUCUUCAGCAAUCACUUCCACAAGCGCUGCCAUGAGCGUGAUUGAGUUGCAGCCUAGAUGAGAGAUCUGCGGCGGAGAGUCAGAUACUUCCCCACUUGGGUUAGCAUCUGAGAACAUUUUGAUAUCUGUAGCUAACGAGGCAUUGCAGGGCACUUGCUAUCGGCUUCUGUGCCAUCUCUCUGGGCAGGUCAUGUGCAUAUUCACUGAUAAUGACCAAAUAUCAUCUUUUUUCCACUGAUUCUUUCACACAAUAAAAACAAAGUGUUGUUAACAUUGUCCGUUAUAACUUGCUAAUGUAUAUCUGCAAAGGGAAAAUUCCACGAUAUAUUAAGCAUGGCAGUCUUGAG